AUCCCGUCAGACGUGUGCAUCCUCUGACUUUCUCUCAUCCCGGCAGCCUGCACGCUGCUUCCUGUCACAUAGUAGUAGGCUGCUUCUUUUUAAGGGGGAAAAUAUUAUAAAUAAACAAACAAUAUAUUGUGCAGGAUUAAAACGUGCGCCGGGUCAAUGUAUAUAGACACGUUCAAACGGAUCCUCUUUGAAAGGCUCACCUGCUUGAAAAGAAUGUGUGUGUGUCAGCGCCAAGGCAGCUCAUUUGCCAUGUCUAAGACGGCGGCAAAAAAGCAGCAUUGGCGUUCCAAGAUGCAGGACACCUUUGUCCCCUUGAUAGGCUCAUCUGGGGAUCUCGGCAUCGCCAUUGGAGGAGGAGCAGAUUAUGGAGAGUUUCCUUUUGUCACAGUGGCUCCCGGGGAUGCAAUCACAGUGGGCGACAUCAUUCUGGAGAUUGGGGGAACACCCGUAUUGGGCAUGACUUUAGGAGAUGUACGAGGUGUCCUCAACUCCUGCCCACACCCUGUCCGCAUCAAAACAGUAUCACCAGGCGCCACAUUGUGCAAGGAUCUCAGGUUGUAUCUCAGUAAGUGCUUCACGCCCGGCUCAGUGGACAGCCAACUUCAGCAGGUCAUCCGAGAAAACCUUUACCUCCGAGGUGUACCUUGUACAACAAGACCGCCCAGAGUUGGAGAAAUUUCUGGGACAGAUUAUAACUUUGUCUCCAUUGAGGAGUUUUUUUCUCUGGAGGAGUCAGGAGCACUGCUUGAGAGUGGGAAGUUUAAAGGGAAUUACUACGGCACACCUCGGCCAGUCCACAUCAGCCCAGAGAGCCCCCCCAUCACUUACCAGGAACACCGCAACCUGCUUAGAAACUUUCGCAAACGCAGCAAGUCGCUCAGCAACCUGGAGAAGGCUGCGGCGGAAGUAGAGAAUGGCAAGGAUGACCUGGGCCUCUCAGGGAGACUAUGCUCACCAAGUCGGCGGAGGGCAUCGAGUGUCCUCGAAAAUGGGAUGGUCUGCAAUAUGGGCGGAGCCAGAGGUAGAGGGAUGCUGCCGGACCACUGGGAGCAGGCGUUUAGUGAUCCAGGAGAGUGUCCCUACAAAGACUACAAGAGAACCAGCUGGCAGAGUCCUCGAGCUCCAAGCAGAGAGUCGAUCUACAAAAAUGAAUGGUUCACCGAGCACCCUGAGGAUCUUCGGGGUUUUCUUGUGCGCACACAUUUGAUCAAGGGCUCCAGAGGCUUUGGUUUUAAUAUUGUUGGAGGCAGCAAGCCAAGAGAGUUUCUGCAGGUCUACAGUGUGACUUCAAGUGGACCCUCAGCACUCAAGACAGCGGACAUCCUGGUAUAUGUCAAUGACAUUUGUGUGUUGGGAAUGUCUCACAAAGAGGUAGUGGAAAUGCUCAAGUCAAUACAAGUGGGCCACAGUGUACAAAUAGCAGUCAGAAGAGGAUACCCCAUGCUAUACAACCACGAAGGGUGUCUCAAGCAGUCCCCUCAAAGGUUACAAGACAGUGAGGACCCCAUCUUAUUGCCUACCACCUUCCAGCCUCAGUCUCUUCACCAAAUACCUCGACGCCUGACACCAACUCCCCAGACCCAUCACUUUAACGGCUUCCACAGCGAUUACAUGGAACCUGGCAUGAUCCUUGACGCUAAUGGAAAUGCCGCUUCAUUAGCCAGCAGACAAUCCUCAUUCAGACGCUCCAGUUUGAGCAAUACUGCCUCUCCGCCGCUUACGCGCCCACCUCGCUCCCUGAAAAGUUUGGCCCGACUGCAGUCACUUGAUCCAACACUUGCAAGCCAGAGUGACAGUGAAGUGGUCUCUGCAAUUGGUUCACACAGGGCAUCAGUGAUCCGUAAUCACAACAAUAACUCCCUCUCCACACAGCCCCAUCAUUUACGUUACAGUACAUCCAAGUCAUCUGAGAGUGACUUAUCUACCUAUACCUUGCCCGUGUCCCGUCUGCCCCUGCCUCAGUCACCCAAGAGGCCCUCGUCCUCCCCAGGUGGGCCUCGCAGUGCUCACGUCCGCCUCUUCAGUCCAGAGUCCUCCCACCUCAGACCUCCAUUAACACCUGACAGCCCUCGCCACCGCAUCUUCAAUGGUUUUCAUAGCAACACCAGCAGUCCUAACAAGAUGUCCUCUCCUGGAGCAAUGAGUGUGGGUAGUGGACUUAGAGGAUUCAGCGGAGGGGAGUUGGUGCCGGUGGCUUUGGCCCAGAGUGAAGGAGACAGGGGCCUGGGGUUCAGCGUGAUGGCUGGUGGUCCUGGGUGCAGGAUGACCGUCGUGAGGAGAAUCUGGGAUAGGAAGCAGUGCAGUACUUUACAGCCAGGAGAUGCUAUUGUCAAAAUCAAUGGAGCUGAUGUUCAGAGUCUUAGUUUUGCUCAGGUACAAACAGUUCUUCAGGAGCAUACCAAACAAGGAGAAGUCAUCCUGUUGGUUUUCAGGGGAGGCAUCUAUCAUUCAACUAUUUCCCCCGGCUCCGUUCGGAGACUCCCCCCUCCUCUACUCCACCCUCCUCCCCCACCUGGUGGCUCAGAAAACAACGUCAUGCUCACCGAUUCAUUUGAUUCCUUACCCAUGCCCCGUACUUCAUUCAGUACCCCUCCAUCCCCAGCCCGGACAAAUUCUUCGCUAAUCCAGAGCACCAGUUUCUUGGAGUCAAUUCCGGUCACUCUGACCAUGGAGCCCAAAGACUGGAUCAAUACGGGUCUGGAGGAAGAUGCCGGCAGAGUUACAGAACCCGAUUCAGGUCUCGAAAUGCGAGAAGACGAAAGAGUCCGACCACUGAGAGGGUUUGAAGUUGAGUUGAGGAGAAAGCCAGGGGAAGGGUUUGGAUUUGUCAUCGCCUCCCACGAUGUGGAGAAUAAAAAAGCUGCAUCUCUCCUUCCCCACCGUUUUGUGACGGUACGCAGAGGUAGCCCAGCAUCUAAAAGCGGUCAAAUUCGGCCCGGAGAUCGAUUGGAGGCCGUAGAAGGACGUUCAGUGGUGACCCUUCCUCAUCGAGAGCUAGCUCAGAUCCUACGGCGUGCAGGAAACAGUCUACGCCUCACCAUUGUCCCCCGGCCCAGCACCUAUUUAACAGGGCUUUCGGAACCCACUGAGUAUGAUCCUGGUCACAGAAGCAGAAAGGGUCAGCGUUCACGACCGAAACGUGACUCCAGGUAUUACAGCCUCGACCUGGAUCGCGGCGCCUCUGGCUUUGGGUUUAGUCUCAGAGGGGGAAGUGAGUACAACAUGGGCCUCUAUGUCCUGGGACUAAUGGAGGGAGGGCCAGCCUCACACAGCCAAAAGAUGCAAGUGAGUGACCAGCUUGUGGAGAUCAAUGGUGACAGCACAGCGGGGAUGACCCACAGUCAGGCUGUGGAGCAGAUCCGCAGAGGAGGCCACCGCAUUCAUCUGGUCCUCAAGAGAGGAAAUGGAUACGUGCCUGAUUAUGGCCGUAAACACAGAAUUACCUCCCCCUCCCACCUGCGUCACCCCCGGGAGCAGGGUAUGGCUGCAGUAAACUCUACCAGGCAGAGGGGGCGCCGCUCCAAGCAGAUGCGGAGAAGCAAGUCUUUGGACGCACGGGAGAAAGGAACAGGAAGGAGAAGAAGACAUUCAGGAGGUCGCUCGGGGUUACGUAGCCCCAACUUGGACCCUGUGGAGAAAGAGGGGGGUCAGCGAGAGAACUCUCGGAAAGCCAGGAGGAAGAAAAGAAAAUCUCAGAGUUUGCCCAAGGACGCCCUGUCGCUGUAUGAUAGUGAUGUUGAGAAAGUGACAGAAGGGGGCAGAAAAGGUGAGCGAGGAAGGAGCAGAGAGAGGCAGGGUAGGAGAGAGGAAGUAGAGGAAUGUGUACAGGUGGAGAGGCAGGAUGUAACUCCUGUAGAGGAAAGGGUCACAGAAAAGGCAGAAGAAGUAAUGGAGGAAGUGAAUCUGGAGAGAGGAGACAGCUCGGAGGAUGUUGUGCUGUCAAUUCCUAGUCAUUCCAAAAAGCUUCCCUGGCCCAAAGAGGAGUCUGAGGAGGAGCAAGAUGAAAACUGGGAAGUGGCAGCAGGCUACCAUGAGAUGAAGCAGCUGCAGGGCUGGCUGUAUGAUGAAGAGGGUGAAGAUAGGCUCCUAGAGGUUGAGGAAGGUCAGAGAACAGAUGAUGCACACAACAGACCUUUGUCAAGUGAUGCUGUGAUCCACGCACAGAGGAAACCAUUCUCCUUCCUCACCUCCUCGCUUUCUUUACAUCAACUGACGGAUGAUGAGUCAGAGUCCGGAGGCAGCCAAUCAGACGACAGUGUGUCCGCCGCCAGCAUCUCUGGCCUCUCUCUGGCCGCCGCAGAAGCCGGCGGGCGCAGGGCCGUGGUGCUGCCAGGUGGCUGGCUCAUGCCCAGUCAGCAGAGGGUGGCUCGUGACCUGGCUGAGAACUCUUUAAAGCAGACGGGGCAGGGUGGAGACUGGAACAGGAAGUAGAGCAGGCCGCAGCAAGGAUGUCAUUUUUCAUUUCUGCAACAGUCACCUUUCUUUUAGAGUGAUGGAAUUUGUAUGUGUUAUUAAUACCAAUGCACUUAUCCAUUCUGCUUAGCAAUCCAGUUGUUUAUAUGUUGAGUAAUUGUGAGUGACUUUAGCAGUCUAUAAAUAACUAAAUAAGAGAAUAUUUCAGCAAGAUACAUUUCUAUUUUUAUUUCAAAGAAAAAAUGAGACUGCAGACUAUUUGCCUUGACGUGUGUGUUAGCUCAUUACAAUAUUUAUUUGCUGUUAUAUAUGACAGACACACUUCUCACUUGUGAGACGGCAUCUUUUUCUUUUUUCCCUAUCAUUCACAAUCCUUAGGUAAGACAAGAACACAUAUGGUUUUCUUUUUUUAAUGCAUUCUAACUAGUAAAAGGUAUGCCAGCAAAAUUCUGCUUACAAUGAAGCCUAUGUGAGUCGCUCUACUCUGCUUAUAAAGCGCCUAAAAAAACAUCUAAACACCUCCAAAGUUUGUAUGCACGCUGUAAGUAAUGUAGUAACAGGCACACUCAUAAUAACAUGAACUAUUUACAUAUUUUGCUAAUUUUAAGCACAUGCGACGCAUUCAUUUUACAAAUACAUCAGAAUGUUCGCUUUUUCCUUCGAUAUCAUCGAGUACGACCUACUACAGACUUCAUGAGAGCCAACAAACAUAAUAAAACAUCACUUACUGUACAAUGUAUGCUGUCAUUAGGAUGCCAGCUGUUAGGAUGUUGAUAUAUUCUCAUUUAGGUAAAGAAUGACUCAUAAUUCUCGCAGAGAAAAAAGAGGGGUGGUACCAAGCCUCUUAUUGUGUCUUUCUGGCAAUUUCUGGGUGUAAAUUGGACGCCAUCGUUGACCAACUUGUCGGAUUAGGUCCUCAUCCAAGGUGAGAGGCUUUAUUUAUUAACUUUCACGAGCUCCAGGGCGAGAAAGCAGCUCACCAGCUGAUGAUGUCAAUAUAGCAUUACAGGCGAGUUAGCUCUAUGUGAUCACGGCGCAGCUAAAAAAUAGUUUGUGUUAGUGCUUAUAAUAACAAUAUCACUAAUACUUGGUUAAUAUUCAGGUCAUAAAAUGUAAAUUGUGUAUUGUUGGCAGUUUUUGAAUGGUUAUUUAUUUUUAUGGGCGGAAUAAAGGACCUCCCAUUGGCUCCAUUGUAAGUGAACUUCUAUUUCCGUUUAUUUAAGAGUUAGAAUGCAUUUUUUUUUUUUUUUUUUGUCCAGUCCAGCUUCUCAGGCAAAUCAUAUAGUUGAUGUAGAUGCCCAUGUCGGCUGUUCAGAUUUGCUUUACAAAAGAGAAGUGUAGGAUACUUCUCUUGUUGCCUUAUUUGUAUUUGACUUUAUUAAAUGUAUUUAUAUUAUCAUUUAGUGCAGCCGGGCCGGAGCAGGAGGGGAUAGAAAGAGAAAAAAAAGAAGACAGAGGGGGAAAUUGUGGGGACAAGAAGGGGAUUAGACAGAGAGACAAAAACAACAACAGCAAGCAACAACAACAACAACAACAAUAGAGCAACAUCAGCAAAUUCGACAUGUACAAAUAUGAUGGUAAAAGUAAUAGCAAAUAAGCAGUUAGCGAAAAUAAAAAAUAAUACAAAAAUGACAAUGAGCAUUAUUACACUACAAAUGGAGCAAUUCAAAUACCAAUAGAAAUAGCGCUAUUGAUAAUGAACAAUACCAAUACUUUAUUUACCUUUAUUAUCAACAAUACAGUUGUUCAAAUGCAACAAUACAUAUACGUAAUGAUAACUUGAGAUACGAAAGAAUGCAGAAAAAUGGAGGGGGAGAAAGAGAAGUAACCUACAUUAACCUUGUAGAUUGUUAUAGUAACAAUAGGUUAAGCUUUGUCCGUGUGCCAUGUGUUAUACCCAGUUUACCCUAGGGCAACAACGUUAAUAUAUGCAUUUUUUUUUUUAAAUACAUCUGUCUUUCUGUCUCUACUAAUGAUGUGAACGAUAGGUAAAAUUCCCCCCAAAAAUGCAGCUCUCCUUUUUUUGCUGUAUGUUUUUAAUAAUUGUUUUGCAGAAAUAUAUUCGGCUACUGUUAAAUUAAAUCAUGUAAAAAACGCAAUCAUGCAGUUCUUUACUGGAAGUGCUUCCCGAUUCCCAAGUUCGAAGUUAAGUUCUCUGUGCCUUUUUACAGCUGAUUUGUAGCUGAUGUUACAAGUUGUAAAUGGCCGGGGUUUUUUUUCUUUUUUGUCUGUGUCACUGUUGCCCUCAUUAUUGUUGAACUCCUAUCUACAGUGAAUUCAAUUUGAUUCAUUUGUGGUAUUGUUUAAAAAUGAUUCAAAGACAAAAUCAAACACUAAACGAUGACCAUUAUUUUAUUUUUUUAAAUGGCAUCUAUUCAACAAUACAAUAUUUGCCCAUGUCGCUGGACAGGACAGCCUGGUUUAAAUCAAUUAAAAAAAUGUUUUUAAAAUUGGCAUUAUAAAUACUCUUACAUUUGUCGAGUGGGUCUAUAUCGCGACUGUCUCUCUGCAAGUCACUGGUGUGUGUGUGAGUGACAGGAAAAUAAGCUCCGACUCGCUUGGCGCCACAGAAUGUGUACAAAACAAUGGCUUCCUUAGAAGUACAAUGAAACAAAUAAAAUUAAUUAACCGAAACAAUAAAGUUUUUAAUUGGCCCAGUAAAAGCCCAAAACGAAUCAAAUCAAAAAAUCUGAGGGGUGGUCUAAAGGUGGUAACAAUGUGGCAGAUUAGAGGCACUAAGAUAUAUCCAUGUGCAAUAGACCUUCUGUAUAGUAAAAGGUGCUUCAAUUCAGCACUUAUAGAUAUACACACAAUUCUGCUGCCGUGUUAUUUUGAUUUUUCCAGUUUAUUUUCAACUGAACUGUACAGAUAGUUUAAUCUCGACCACAUCACAAAAACCUUUUUUUGUAUUAUAUGUAUCUCACAUACCUUGAUGUAAUUUGCUUUCCAUCGGUUAUUUUCUCCUAAUGUACAAAGCCUGCAUAAAUGUUCACGUAUACCUCAUGAAGAUGCCAAGCAAUACCAUUGAAUAACUGUCAGCCAUCUGUUUGUGUGUCAGUCUGCUCUGUGCUGUGCAGACACUUUACUAUAUUGUUGUAUAUCCGUGAUCAUGCAAAUCCCCUUUAUACCGCAGCUGUGAUAUUCUGCAGCCAUGUAUAUGCCGGUUUAUUCUGUAAAUGUUUGUAAAGCAGUUUAUGUGUAUAUACUUAUAUAUACUUCACGGGACAGCUAUCCACUGAUGUUAUUUGUUGCGUGAUAAAACAAUAGGAUACAUAUAAAAAUACAUGUAUGUGUGUGUGUGUGUGUGUGUGUGUGUGUGUGUGUGUGUGUGUGUGUGUGUGUGUGUGUGUGUGUGUGUGUGUGUGUGUGUGUGUGUUUGUGUGUGUGUGUGUGUGUGUGUGUGUGUGUGUGUGUGUGUGUGUAUAUAUAUA